CGAAAAACUAUCAAGUACCUCAAGCCACUUAAACCUUAUGUCAUCACCAUAAACCAAAUACAACCAAACUCAGCGCGACAUCUGCCGUUCCAGUUAUACGAGCUCGUCACUCUACAAAUUCAAGACAUGGCCAGGACACAAACCGGCAAAACUGGCGGCAAGCGCUCCGCUCUUCAAGACGUUGUAACUCGCGAAUACACCAUCCAUCUGCACAAGCUUGUGCAUGGCCGCUCCUUCAAAAAGCGUGCCCCCUGGGCCGUAAAAUCCGUCGUCGAUUUCGCCCGCAAGUCGAUGGGCACGACUGAUGUUCGAUUGGACCCCAAGCUCAACCAGGCUUUGUGGGCUCGGGGUGUCAAGACCGUUCCCCACCGGAUAAGAGUAAAGCUUGAGCGCAAGCGCAAUGAUGAGGAAGGUGCAAAAGAGAAGCUUUACACUUAUGCCAGCCAUGUGCCCGUAACCUCGUUCAAGGGGCUCCAAACCGCUGUUGUCGACGCAGAGUAAGGGCCUGCGAAGGGUGUCUUCGGAAGGUCCUGUGUAGUCUUUUUCAUAUAUUUCAUGCCGCCAUGCAUCAUCACACCCAGCACUAUGGUACCAUGUCGAACCAUCAAAAUUCUCGCGCAUCUUGAUGCUGUCUCUGAGCUUGAGUUCCUCUGCUGAAGAAAUCAGAACUGAUGUUCCUAGCCAGGCGGUCGUUCGAGAUGAGACCCCGAGUUAGUGUUCAUCCUUGGAAAUACGAUCCGAGGUAGUGUGCAAAUCUGUGUUGAGCGGAUGGAACUACACCUUUGCAAUUGAGG